UUAUAAUAAUGUUGAGAUUCAUGUCCUUCUAUAGAUUUACAAAUAUUUCAAUGGCAAGGGGAGUACUUCUAAAAAUUGUUAAUAAAGAAUAUAAAAAUGAAUAUCAGCAAUAUGAACAAGAACCUACUCUAAGGAAAUAAAUUUAAUCUUUAGGAUUUUAAUUGAUAGAUAACCCAUUAACUAAUAAAGUUACUCUUAACAAAGAGUUCCCAACUGCAAAAAUAUCUAUUGAAUUUAGAGGAACACCUCCUCCUCUUUAGGCUAAAAUGUAACGAAUUUGAAAAUCACUUGUAAUUAGAAAAAAUCCACAAGAAGACGAAUCCAUUACAUAAAAUCCAAAAUACCAAGACAAAAUAAAAAAGUAGGUUGAGGAAAGAAAAGAAGAACUUGAGUUAGGAACACUUUCUGUCGAUUAUACAGUUCUAAUCGAAACUGAAAAAGGAGAAGCUAUAGCAUUUGAAUGCAAUACAAGUAUUACAUGAAAGGAAUGAACUACAGGUGACCAGUCUACUAUCAUAAAUUAUGUACAACCAGUCUAUGAUAUUCGAGAGUACAAAACAAGAUCCAAAUAUCGUAAAUUUUUGGCAGAUUAUCCAGGACCAGAAAUUAAUAAAUUAGAUGAAGUUAAAAUAAUUUUUAUUUCUAGCAAUUACAACAAUCCAUCUAUACUUACCUUGAAAGCUAUGGUAUUAAUGAAUCAUUAAAUGCAUUAAUUGAGGCUUACUCUAUAGACAAAGAACAAAGAUAAUAUAUGGAAUUUCUAAAGUCUAUUGAAAAUUUUUUAUCAGUUUGA